AUGGAGAAAAGAUGGUCUUUCCUGGAUGCUUUUGAGGAUAACUUCAGGCCUCUGGUAGUGAUUGAGCUUGCAAAAGGUGCCAAAGAAGAAACCAUAGAAUGGUUCACUAAACGAAUUGUCGACAAAAAAGCAAACGGAGGUGCACAACUGCUAGUUAAACCAUUGGUCACAGAAAAUGAAGGUGAAAAUAUUUAUCUAGUUGGAGCUUCCCCCUUAAGGCUGUUGCUGGGAGCUGAAACCGUGGGUUUGGUGAAGGAAUGUAAUGACAACUCAAUGAGAACUUUUACAUACAGCAGUAGAAAAACUUUCAAAGAUUUUGCAGAUGACAAUCACAACUUCCUUACAAUGGCAGAAUGUCAGUAUAUCAUCAAACAUGAACUUGAAAAUUUGAGAGCUAAGGAUGAAAAAAUGAUCCCUGGAUAUCCUCAGGCAAAGCUAUAUCCAGGAAAGUCAAUAGUAAGAAGAUUAUUGACUAGUGGUGUUCUAGUUCAGAUUUUCCCACUGCAUGACAGAGAAGAGUUGAAAAAGCUCCGUCACAGCUGGUAUGGCCGAGUGAAAGUUGGCUAUCAACCUUUAGAUGACAUACGUUGCUACUUUGGCGAAACCAUUGCUCUCUACUUUGGCUUCUUAGAGUACUUCACGUUUGCUUUGAUUCCAAUGGCUAUCAUUGGGAUUCCUUACUAUGUGUUUGCCUGGGAAGACUAUGACAAAUACGUGAUGUUUGCCACGUUCAACCUGCUCUGGUCCACUGUGAUACUGGAAGUUUGGAAGCGGAUUUGCGCCAUCGUGACAUAUCGCUGGGGAACACUGCUGAUGAAACGACAGUUUGAAGAACCAAGGCCAGGCUUCCAUGGUGUCCUGGGUGUCAAUCCUGUCACUGGGAGGGAGGAACCGGUGUACUCAAGUAUUAAGAGACAGUUACGGAUUUAUCUGGUGUCCUUACCAUUCGUGUGCCUUUGCCUCUACUUCUCACUGUACGUGAUGAUGAUUUACUUUGACUUGGAACAGUGGGCUAUGGACUAUCAUGAAGAGAAUCAGUCUAACUUCAGCAACUUGAUGCUGUUUGUGCCCAGUAUUAUAUAUGCUGUUGUGAUUGAAAUGAUGAACCGUAUCUAUCGCUACGCUGCUGAAUUCUUAACAUCAUGGGAAAAUCACAGGCUGGAAUCUUCCUACCAGAAUCAUUUAGUUCUGAAGGUUUUAGUGUUCAACUUCUUAAAUUGUUUUGCAUCUCUCUUCUACAUUGCCUUUGUGCUGUUUGAUAUGAAGCUUUUGAGGCAGAGCUUGGCCACUUUGCUGAUAACUUCACAGAUCCUUAAUCAGUUUGCUGAAUCCUUGCUUCCUUACUGGCUCCAAAGGAGGCAUAAGAAGAAGAUGAAGAAACGCAUGUGCUCUCUGAAAACAGACACGGACCUGUCAUUAGUUGAACAAGUCAGCUUGGAGAAAGAAAUGGGCACCUAUUUUGGUACUUUUGAUGAUUACCUGGAAUUGUUCUUACAGUUUGGCUAUGUGAGUCUUUUCUCAUGUGUUUAUCCACUGGCAGCUGUAUUUGCAGUGUUAAACAACAUCACAGAGAUAUAUUCUGAUGCCUUAAAAAUGUGUAGAGUUUACAAGCGUCCGUUUGCAGAACCCACAGCAAAUAUUGGUGUUUGGCAGCUGGCUUUUGAAACUAUGAGUGUAAUAUCAGUAGUCACUAAUUGCAUACUGAUUGGAAUGUCUCCACAAGUGGAUGCCCUUUUUCCAGACUCAAAAAUGGACCUUGUUCUGACUGUGGCAUUGGUAGAGCACUUGCUACUAGCAAUAAAAUUCAUCAUGGCGUUUGUAAUUCCGGAUAAGCCAAGAGAUAUCCAGAUGAAACUCGCCAAAUUGGAAUUUGAAUCUUUAGAGGCUCUCAAACAACAGGAAAUGCAGGAACUGGAGAAUGCUGUGACUGAUCUCUGCGUCAUUUUUGUUGACCAAGGGUCUCUUCAAAACAUGACAGUUAAUUGCUCCCUUUUUGAAAGGGAUGGUGAGACCAUGACAGAAAGUG